AUGCUCUCUUCCCAAUCCUAUGUGAACAUCUCCUUCUUCCAGCCAGCUUCCUUCCUGAUGAUUGGCAUCCCAGGGCUGGAGGCCGCUCAUGGCUGGAUCUCCAUUCCCUUCUCCUGCAUGUACACUGCGGCCCUCACUGGAAAUUGCCUCAUCCUCCUGGCUGUGAGGAGGACUCCCAGCCUGCACCAGCCCAUGUACUACUUCCUGUCCAUGCUGGCCCUCACUGAUGUGGGUCUCACCUUGUCCACAAUGCCCACCACCCUGGCUGUGCUCUGGUUUGACCAUCGUCUCAUCGCCUUCAAUGCCUGCCUGGUGCAGAUGUUCUUCCUCCACUCCUUCUCUGUGGUGGAGUCCUCGGUGCUCCUGGCCAUGUCAUUUGACCGCGGAGCGCAUCCGGGACUCCCAGCCUGCACCAGCCCAUGUACUACUUCCUGUCCAUGCUGGCCCUCACUGCUUAAACGUUUGAACUUCUGCCCUAACAAGAACCUCUUAUCCCACUCAUUCUGUUUUCAUCCUGAUAUAAUGAGGAGAGCCUGUGCUGAUAUCACCAUCAAUAUCUGCUAUGGACUUUAUGUGGUUGUGUCCACUGGGGGCAUAGACUCCCUGCUCAUCAUCCUGUCCUACUCUCUCAUCUUGCGCACAGUUCUUGGGCUGGCCUCUCCCCGGGAGCGCAUCCGGGCCCUCAACACCUGUGUCUCACACAUCCUUGCUGUCUUUGUCUUCUUCAUCCCAGGCAUCACCAUGUCCAUGAUCCAUCGUUUUGGAAGGCACCUGCCUCACAUUGUACAUGCCCUGGUUGCCUAUGUGUACCUGAUGGUGCCCCCUGUGCUCAACCCCAUCAUCUACAGUGUGAAAUCCAAGCCCAUCAGGGAGGCCAUGCUCAGAGUGCUGAGGUGA